AUGAACAUAAUACCACGGCCAGAAGCGGCAGAACUGAAGGCAGCCUACCAAUACGCUGGUCUGUACCCGCCGAUAACGAAACAGUCUCUGAGCGAGCUUGACAUUCAGAACAUUAUCAACAACAUUAAGUUACGUCAUGACGUUAACUUUGACCGUGACCUAAGCUUCAGACCGAAUCUCGAUGGUGCCAAGGGACGGGAGAAGUUACGAGCUGCGGGCAUGUAUUGGAAGGCCUUGACCGCUGAAUUAGAACUCUACGCCCGGUUGUUUCAAGGAAGUCCAUCCCUUUCUAACUCCCAAAACAUCGAUUGGUCCAGCCUCAUUCACCAUGCACAAAAGAGAAUCCCUUUGAUGUUUAAGACAGUAAGGGAAGUACUGAAAAGUUUGGUGCCGGAUAGGGAUCAGUCGAGAGUAGAUGAGCAUUUAGAUUCAGAGAUGCUGAUGCAAGAGAUUGAGAAGGGGGUUUGUGAUCUGCCACGGCUCGCAGAGUGGAUGGCACAUCUGUUGAAAGAGCACUGCGCGCCGAUGAGGGAUGAGUGGGUGGAUAGAAUGGUGGAGUGGGUAAACUCGGGUGAUAGGAACCGAAGUUCAGAGCUAAUCGUUGAUGGACUGCGCGAAUUGCUUGGGAUAUUGGAGGCUAUGAAACUCGAUGUUGCCAAUCACCAGAUCAAGAAUCUAAAGGCACUGUUGAUCGAAGAUACCAUCAACUUUGAGCGGAAUUACCACCUAGGCCGAAUCGUCGAGCGACGAGGACGUAUCAACACUGAAGCUGCCGAGCAAUGGUAUGCCUCCGCCCUUCAGCGUUUCCGACAGCAAUCUUGUACGCCGCCUCCAAAAGACAACAUGCGAGUUCAACUUGGAGUCUUCGUCCGAGCCGUUGUCUCAAUGCUCUUUUCAAGAGGCCCAAGCUGUGAAUUUCCAGAGACGUUUUAUCUAGACCAAGAGCGCCUCCUCGCCUUGAGGUCAGAGAUCCUUGACAUCGUCUUUUUCGAGAUUUGCUUCGACAUGUUCGGGCAGUUGCUGAAAGUCCUGAAAUACAAUGGCCCAAUACCAUAUGCUAGAAAAGCUGAUCUACGUGCGUCACUAUUGGCAAUUAUCAGGGAAGGUGCAUACCACGGUUCUUCUCAGUGGAUAAGUAACCGCGAGAACAUCUCUUUGGAGCUGUUUAGGCAUGCGUGGCAGGUCACUGGCGGCCAACAAACCUUCCAUCCCGAUGUUGAUCUCAUCCAGACGGCAACAAAACAUCUGGACAUGAUGUUCGAGAAUUCAUUCUCAACACAUGCCUGCGUCCUCGAAGAUGCGAUUCUCCCACAGAUAUUAACAUGCAUACACGGUCAUCUACACUCCUCACCCUAUGAACUAUUCCAAACGCUUGUCGCUCCUACCACACCUCCACCGCCACCACCCGCACCUCAUCAUCCAUCAGUCACCAUUCAACAUGAUACGUCAUCCCCCUAUCCCGGCCAAUUCUCUGAUAUCUCAAACCGCAUCUCCCACAUCGUGCUUCUCCACUGGAGAAUAUGGGGACCUAUCGUAUACGUCCUGCCCGAUGACCAACCGACCCCAACUUCGAAAAUACCAGAAGACGUGCCUUCAACGCCACAAUCACAUACCCUCCCAGCUCCACCAGUGGAUAGCGGGUCAAACACCGUCGAGCCUUUAGAUCCAGGACAAGAAACACAGCUUGCUGGUCCAGCACCCGAGGCUCCAAUUUACAAGUAA